CAUCCCUAUCUGCAGUCAUUAGUGGAAAAGAAAAAUAUUGAAGUGAAUUUGGGAAGCUGCUACAUCUGGAAAAGGUACCGUUCAGAAAGACUGCACAAAACAAACGACACCGUAAACCAACAACUGUUCUAAAGAGUGCCAACCAUUGAUCCGCUGUCAUCCGUGUGCCAACUACCACAAUGUCUCCGCUGCAGAAACGUUGACAUUGGAAACCCGUAUGCAAUUUUUAUCCCCUGACACCAGUUAGCAACGGUAUUACAACAUCCCGGGACGAUGAGUAUCGAUUCCUCCGGUUGGACCCAACGUGCAAUUCGACUUAGACGCAAAUAAUCAGGUAGUUCUCGGUUGAACCGAACCAACCUUCGGGCCGAGUAGAUAGAGUGAAGGGAAGGCAGAAGAUGGGAAGUUGUUUGACAUGCUUCAAGGCACCCCCGAAUCCGGCAGCAAACAGCGUCGGAACGACUGGAUUGGUGUCCGGAACGGAAGCGGCCGUAUUGGAUCCCGAAUCGGCGAUUCAUGAAACAGCCGACUUGCUGGCAGCCAGUCCAAUACGUAUGCCUUCGCUUGGAUUUGGUUCAGACCGGAAGAGUGGCAGUUUUAAGAAACCGAUCGGUAUACUGAACGGAAACGCACUGCCCGAUGGUAGCAAUCUGCCAGGGAAGGAUCUCGCAACGCAAAUCUCGGACAACGAUCUGAACAAACUGUUCGAGGAGUAUAAGGACGAACAGGAGGACGCAAUCCUGUCGGAGGGCAUCGAAAGGCUGUGCUGUGAACUAGGUUAUAAGCCGGAUGACUUCGCCAUUUUGUUGCUGGCGUGGCGCCUGGACGCAUCGCAGAUGUGUCAAUUCACAAAGUCCGAAUUUAUCCAGGGCCUGCAGAAGAUGAACGCCGCCAGUAUCGACGAUAUCAAAGCGCGGCUAAGACAGAACAUCGAGAAGCUGAAGGAUGACUCGGAAGAUUUUAAACUGCUAUACAGAUUUACGUUCCGCUUCGGACUGGAGCCAGGUCAAAGGAUACUUUCGCUUGAUAUGGCCAUCAGUUUGUGGCGGCUCGUGUUCACCGUUCACACACCGGACAUUUUACCUCGAUGGUUGCACUUCCUAGAGCAGCAUCAGAACAUCCGGGGUGUCCCGAAGGACACCUGGAACAUGUUUCUGAACUUUGUAGAAACCUGUGAUAUUACACAGUAUGAUGACACCGAAGCGUGGCCCAGCUUAUUCGACGACUUUGUCGAAUACGAACAGGAACGGAUAAAGCAGGCCAAGGGCCCCCCGAAGGAUUCCGAUUGUCACGAGGAGGACGACAACAAUAACGGCUUCAAUUCAUAGUAUUUUGCUAACGACGCCUUCGUGUGCAGCGUGUGCUUUUGAGCGAAUACGCGUUUCACUAUUUAUUUCUAGCAACAGCGCGAAUUCCCUUUUAAGUUUAUCUCGUUGCUUGCUACCAUUUUCCGUCGCAAUAUGACUUAAUGAAAUUUGCGAAUAUCCUUAAACCUGUUUCGAUGGCCCGCUAAAUGCGAACAGGAAACAAAUAUUUAACAACUUACAUGUUAAUCAUUUGUUCAACGUAAUAAUUUUUUUUUAAUUUUAAAGACUAUGAGUACUCUUACAUCUGUUUUUUAUACGAAUAUAUAGAUAUCUAAAUUAAACGUAAUACAAUUAUGAUUUUAAGAAACAAUUACUGUGAGUUAAUCGGAUAAAACGAAUGUAAAUUUCGACAGCUUUGCGUGAAGUCGUUUCGCUGGAUUGAAAAUUUCAUAUCAGCAAACUGAUAUCGAGAGGUUAUUGACUUAAUCGAAAAAAUGGAGAGAAAUAGUAAAAGGAAUUUAUGUACACGCUUUUCGGCCAAACAACAAAUAUUUUUCCUGCGACAAAGAAAAAUACCAAGUGAGACAGCAGCAGAAGCACUUAACCGAAUUUUUCACAUUUUAGCUCAAAUGAAACGGAAAACAAGUACAUUUCUUAAUUUGAAAAAUGUGUGUGUUAAAUGUCCUUGUUGAAAACAGUUCUAAAAACGAAAGAAAGAAAAAAAAUCUUGGAAACAUUAUAGGCUAAAUUUAAACCAACUAGUGAAGCUCUAUUUAAGAUAAAUCUAGAAAAAUGGAAAAAUAUAACAAAAGUAUCAAUACAAAAUUUAA